AUGAAGAAUCUUUGUUUGGCCACAAUUUUCGUGGUCAUUUUUUGCGUUAAUUUUAGUACCGCGCAACUAGGAAACUCUACAAAUGCCACAAACGCAAGCAUUCCAACAAAUAGCAGCAGUAACGCCACCACAGUGCAACUAACCAGGCUUUACAUUGGAGCUUUUUUCGAUCUUGGGACGAAAAGUGGAUACGGAAGUCUGCCCAUGGCACAACAAGCUAUAGACGAGAUUAACAACAACACUGAAAUACUGCCAGGGUACCAAUUGGAGCUGGUGGUCAAUUCGACGCAAGUAAGAGACUGCAUUUUUCUAUUCAUUUGUUAG